GCGCUAACCCCUCCUCCACACUCCACCGCGCUCCACUCUGAACGUCAGCCGCCGGAGAGCGCGCAACAGCGGUUUAAACACGGGCAGAGAGGGAAGCUGUCUGUGUGCGAGACAGUGCGCAUUGUAGACAGCCACACGGUGGAGCAAAGCCCAACCAAACUUUUUUUUUUUUUUUUUUCUGCUGCUGGCAAAUCUCGAACACCCCACUCCCUCUGAACUGAGACACAAAGUUUUGACAACCCCAACAAACUAUUUACUAUCCCGCAUUUCUGCUUGGCGGUACUUUUUCUACAUUGACAUUUUCAAAGCAACACGUGUUGCUCGCUACAAGACAUACCUUGUCUUUCUUUUUUUUCCACACGACAACAAAGUGUAUAUAUAUAUAAAACAGAAAACAAAUGCCGCUCAGUGUACCACCGCAGUGACACCGGACUGCCAUGAUCGUGUCCAACGUGAGCCUGAGCGGCUGCGCGGGGGUCAACAGCGCUCUGUGUGCCGGCGCCGGGGAAGGGCACCUGGGGGGCGGAUCAUACCGAACGACCCUUUCCCCGACAGGGAACCUGGUCGUGGCCGUGUGCCUCGGCUUCAUCGGCACUUUCGGACUUAUGAACAACCUGACUGUGAUUGUGCUCUUCUGCCGCUACAAGAUGCUGCGGUCCCCCAUCAACCUGCUCCUGAUUAACAUUUCCAUCAGCGACCUGCUCGUGUGCGUACUGGGGACUCCGUUCAGCUUUGCGGCCAGCACACAGGGAAGGUGGCUCAUAGGAGAAAGAGGAUGCGUGUGGUACGGCUUCGCCAACUCCCUCUUUGGUAUUGUGUCCCUGAUCUCUCUGGCUGUCCUCUCCUACGAACGCUACAGCACCAUGAUGACCCCCACUGAGGCAGACUCCUCCAACUACUGCAAGAUCUCCCUGGGCAUCAUUCUGUCCUGGGUGUACUCGCUAAUCUGGACCAUGCCACCACUCUUUGGCUGGAGUCACUACGGUCCGGAGGGCCCUGGGACCACCUGCUCUGUUGACUGGAAGGCCAAAACAGCAAAUAACAUAUCUUACAUCAUCUGCCUGUUUGUCUUCUGCCUCAUUGUGCCCUUCCUGGUGAUCGUGUUCUGUUAUGGGAAGCUGCUGUAUGCCAUCAGACAGGUGAGCGGGAUCAAUGCAUCGAUGAGCAGGAGACGUGAGCAGCGUGUGUUAUUCAUGGUGGUGGUCAUGGUGAUCUGCUACCUGUUGUGCUGGUUGCCGUACGGCAUCAUGGCCCUGCUGGCUACCUUUGGGCCGCCAGGACUGGUGUCACCCGAGGCGAGCAUCAUCCCCUCAGUCCUGGCUAAGACGAGCACGGUUGUCAACCCAGUCAUCUAUGUCUUCAUGAAUAAACAGUUUUACAGAUGUUUCCAAGCCCUGCUGCGCUGUGACACUCCUCGACGGGGCUCCAGCAUGAAGAGCUCCUCCAAGGUUGCAACCAAGGCCAUGAGGGGCGCAGCAGUUACCGGUGUCCGCCGUAGCAAUGAUUUCCUAUUUAUGGUAGCCUCAUUGGGUGAACCAGCUGUCACAAUCCCCCAACUGGGACCCUCCCGUGAACCCACCAUGGAUAUCACCAAAGCCCCGUCUUCAGACAAUAAACCCGUUGUAAUGUCACUAGUGGCCCACUUCGACGACUGAUGACUGGCUUUAACUCUAAAAUCUCUAAGUCUCCAGCAAGGAAGUCAUUUAUAAUAAGAGUGGUGGUGUUACUAAGGCUUGGACAGCAGCAGCCAGCCUGUCCAGGUGGAUUUAACACAGCUCUUUCUCUAAAACACAUGAUGUGUUAUUAACAAAGGGAAAACGUGGACUGCCUCUGGACAAUCUGAAGAAUCAGGAGUAAACCUGAGGAAUCUCUUUCUCUACAGAGAACAUUUAAGGGAUGUUGUGACAUUUUUCAAAGAAAGCAAUGUCAGAUUGCGAUUGAAAUAAAGAGGAAUUGUAGGGAUCAUUUUUUUGUGCGGUAUCUAUAAGUUUGGUAGAGUAUUCUCGUAAAUUCACAGAAAUGUAUUUAAAGUUGAGAAGGGAGGACCCAAUGUAUUUUUGUAUUGAUUUAUUACAGACUAAAGCUGAACGCAAGUUACUGUUCCAAGAGUAUUGAAGUCUUUCUUAGAGCAGAUGAGAUUUAAAGAAAAAAAUAAUAAGAAAAAAAGGGGUGGGAGCAGAGAAACUGUAAUAGUAAGGAUUUUAAAGUUUCAAUCUUUUUAGCUUUUAUUCCUUGCAAGUGAUUUUAUUUCAGCAAUUCAUCCCCUAUCUCUUUGAUUGACUUGUUGUACACUUUGCACUGCUAGCAUGCUAGCGACACAAGUCUUUUCAGGAAUAGUGAAUUUAGAGUCAAAGAAAUAAGUGCAUGUUGGAAAGUCACUGUAAAGUGACUAUGCAUGUGGACCAUUAGGUAUAAUGCAAAAAGGGGUUUAAAGAAAUGAGACAGUAGGCAGCAUAUCAAGACAAAGGAUCUUAAUUUUGGCAAAAUUCUGAAUGUAUUUGUCUCAUUAAUUUAGUUUUGUUUAUUGCAGGCUUUCAUGCGUAGUCAUGCAUCCAAAGUGCAGGGAGCUCUUUGUGCCCUAUAAUGUAAUAUCUUAAGAUUCCUGACACUAGUGUUUUAGCAUCUUGUUCAUGACAUGUUGUCAGAAAUGUGUGGGCAGAUGUCAGCUUCUACUAUUUUUGCUCAGCGAGCAACUGCUUCAGUAUCUCUAUGUGUCAGUCCAAUGUUUUACAGUCGUUAGGCAUUAUGUUAGAGAGUCUUAUAGAUAUGUAACAAGUGACUUCUUCUUCAGUGUCUCCCAAAAUAUAACAAAAGUCUCCACAUAAGACAAAUAUCUGUUGGAAUAAGAUAAGAAUAAGUUUGGUAUGUAUAUAUGUUUGCCAUUUACUUAUUAACAUCUUGUCACAUUUUUUUGAUAGCUGACUUGGAUCUUUCUCCCCUCUUACAAUGCAAAGACAACAGUGGAGUUAUUGAGAGCAGAUGCUGUGUUGUCAGUGAAUGUCUAAGGUGUAAGUGGCAUGGUACUUUUCGCUACGGCAUACAACAUGGAAUUCCCUUUUAGCACAAAAAAAAAAUAUAUCUUUAUUUGUGCUUUCAAGGACUUGUAUACAUCUAAUAUACAUGGGUACAUGAUACCAAAGCAAAAGGCAUUUCAUAUUUUUAGAGGGUGCUCUUCAUUAAACUUUUUUUUUUUUUUUUUUUAAAUCUAAAUUUGUGUGCUGUGUUUUAAUUUUACUUGUUUGAAGAGAGGAGUAGUUAAAGAGUGACAUUCAGUACAAAAGACGGAUAGAUGGUGGUAAAGUGUAACAUAUGUAUAUGCUAAGCUCUGACUUGUCAGACUGUGUUUGGAGCAGGCUGCACAUCGGGCUGUUAUAAUGUACACCCUGUGUCCAUGGCAGAUGAGUUCUUAUGCAGCAUUUCAUUUGUGUGCUAAAUUAAGAAUUUACCCACUUCUUAGAAGGUAGUCCCAACAAAAGCUAAACCCAGUAUCUGGUGAGGCAGAGUCUUUGUUCUGCUUCAGCGUCCUUCCUUUAGCAUAUCAUCCAAGUGUAUAUUUAAGAAUCUUUGCCGGGAUUAAAAAUGAGUCAGCUGGAGCUACCAACUCAUUGACCUAUCAUUAGCUUAAUAAGGUGUCUAGCAACCGCUAAUAAAAUUGGCUAGCAAUUGGCAGAUGGAAUUUUAGCCUAAGUUUGUUGAUCUGUUAUUUAUAGUCAGUGGUACAGUGUAUCAUCAGCCAUACACCACAAACCGGUCUGAGGAGCUUUUAAUGCUAGCAAGCAGUCAUUGAACCACUGUGAUUCAGGUGCAAGCACAUGGCUGAAGCUCGGCAAGAUUGCUGUUGUGAAAUUGCAAGAAUGCAGUUGCAAAACUUAACAAAAAUUUCAAUAAUUGUGGAUUUCUUUAGAGGCCAAGUAAUAGAAGAUUUAAACAAAUAUUUUGUGUAAAGAAUCACCAUUCAAGGUUAAAAGGUGGCAGUCCCCUAAUACUUGUUCAAUGAAGAUUGCCUCUUUUCGUGUUUAGAGGCUUUGUUGGGCCAAUAAUAAAUUCUCAAUUCAAUAAUGAAGCCGUUGUUUGACUUACUGCCGGCCAUAUUAUUUAGUUCUUCUCCAGUUCAUAUUGAAAAAUCCCCUAUUUAAAUUUUGUUAACUUAGUUGUCUUGAGUUGGGUAGACCUACUGACAUGUGGCGUUCUCUCUGACGCAACUGUGAUUUGUUUUUUAUUCUUUUGCAUUACAGAGUAACGAAUGCUUAUUUCCAAAUUUGACUCUGAUGUUUGAAAAAAAUGGCACCAAUAGACACCAUCAAGGCAGACCUCAUAUAAAGGUCAGCUAGGGUAAAACCUGGCAAGUAUUUAACGAAGUUACAUUUUGUGAGGGGCAGAUUUAAUUUAUGGGUUUACUGAUCACAAGACAUUUUUUUUCCCCCUUUGCUUAAGAUAGCCUCACUGGAUUCUAACCUCUAAGGACAUUUGCCACCCAACAUUUCAAAUUCACACAGAAAAACCAAAACAGGAGUUCUGUGACUGUCACAUACAACUGUUCCAGUCUCCUACAUUACGUACAUUUAGUUACAGGCCAGAGUGAGAGAAAGGUUACAAAUCAACAUGGAAACAAGCACAUAUACAGACUCAGUAGUCCUCUAGGAUAACUGGAGAUAAAGUGGCUAAAAGGCGAGUGACAAGCCGCAAGUAUGAGCAGCGCCUCUUAAUAAAUCCAUUUCAACUUUAUUAUAUUCAUCUAGCCUAAAGUUUUAAAAAUAUUUCAUUACAUACUGCCAUCAUAGUGAGAUCACCAAGUGAAUAACUUUCAUACUGAGCUUUUGGAACCAGCUGUGGAGUCAAUGUGAGUGGCCCACAUAUAUCAUAUAUUAAUGGACUAACAACCUUAUUACAUAUAUUAAAUUAUAUUGCUGUUAUAUGAUGAGCGGAUAUUACAAUGUUGACUGUGAGAGAAGUUGCUUCAAUGUAAUCCUUACAUUAUCAGUGGAUAACAACCAAAAGAUUUAGAGGAACUGCACCAUCUCCCUAUAAGCCUGUCCAAGGAGGCUAAACUUUAAUUUGUAGUGAGACGGCAGGUUGAACAAAUCUGUUCUUGGUACUGAUUUUAAAUCUCUUUCAGGCUUGGGUGCACCUUUAGGGAUGUUCCGCUAAUUGUUUUUGUGUAAUGGUUGGCACUUGGUCUACACUGUUUACUAUAAACCCUCUGGUGGGUAGAGAUAAGAGAUACCCCAAUAAUCAACAUGGCUGGAAGGCCGGUAUUGUGGAGACGAACUCCAUUAAACCAGCAACUCGAGGCUUAAUGUCUGAUUAACCAGCUAAAUAGCCUCAAGACUGGAUGAGUAGAAUCCAAAUGGCCAUUUGUUAUCAAUUCUUUCAGCUUUUGUCAAAAAAGGCCAGUCAGUGGUCUUGAUAAACAACUGCCCACUAAGGACCUGCAUGCAAAUUGAUUUCCACGUCUUUCUCACUUUCAUCACGUCUGUGUUUGUCUGAGAUAAUCUUUGUCUAAGGAUAAUGUCAAGGGCGGAUGACUCUGAAUUAAAAGUUGAUCUCUCGCAAAGUGUAAGGUUUACUUCUUGUCUCAUAGAUUGAAAUUACACCAAUGCACUUCAAAAUGAUGUUAUUAGUUAAGCCGUAUAUUCAUUUAUCACUAAUCUAUCUUUACAUCUACACACUUAAAACAAAUCAGUGUCUGCAUUCAGUAUUUUGAGUUUUCAAUUAUUUCCGUUAUUAAAUAACGGCAACCACAUCAUGAUGAAGUCCAAGUUAAGAUAUGCCUUCUGACAAAGAAAAUACUGUCUCCAUUAAGAGACUUGCCUUCAAAGUUAAAGAAACAUUAAGAGGUAUGAAAACAAACAAACGUGUUUUGUCCGUCUCGUAUGUUUUAAGUUUGACCUGCUCUACUGUGAAGUAGAACCAGGUCUUCUUGGGUAGGCUUAGAGAGGGGAACAAGUCAUGUCUUCAGAAUGAUAGUAGCAAAGUUUCAGCAGAUGAUUAUGUUUAGCGCACCUGGAUUUAAAGUCGGCAGCGAUGGAUUUCAUAGCGACCCGGGAGAUCAGCAGUUUCUGAAAUACUCAGACCAGCCCGUCUGGCACCAACAACCAUACCACGUUCAAAGUCACUUAAAUCUCCUUUCUUCCUCAUUCUGAUGCUCAGUUUGAACUUCAGCAAGUUGUCUUGAU